AAUCAUCCAUUGUUGUUAUUAUGGGGAAAGCUGACAGGUUUCGAAAAUGGAUGAGUAAUCAAGUGUCGAGAGGAAAUUGGGAAAACAAACAAGGCCACCACCACCAGAUUGGGUCAACUCUCUUGGAUUGGUUCAACAGACUACUAAAGGGAUCCACUGAUUUUCUGCUCAUAAGAUUGAGAGGGAGAGCAAUGGCUGAGGGGCAGAGAGUUCAGAUUCCCAGGGUGCCUCUUGGAAGUCAGGGACUUGAGGUCUCAAAAUUGGGAUUUGGAUGUAUGGGCUUGACUGGAGUCUACAAUUAUUCUCUAUCUGAUGAAGAUGGAAUCUCAAUAAUAAAGGAAGCUUUCAAUAGAGGAGUUACUUUUUUUGAUACAUCCGACAUAUAUGGACCCCAUUCAAAUGAAAUUCUGGUCGGAAAGGCCGUGAAACAGUUACCAAGAGAAAAAGUUCAGAUUGCCACAAAGUUUGGAAUUACAAGGAUUGGAAGUUCUAUGACAGUGAAUGGAACCCCAGAGUAUGUGCGGUCAUGUUGUGAGGCUAGCCUGAAACGCCUUGACAUAGACUACAUCGACCUGUAUUAUCAACAUCGUAUCGAUACCGCUACACCUAUAGAAGAAACUAUGAGUGAACUGAAAAAACUAGUGCAAGAGGGAAAGAUCAAAUAUAUAGGUUUAUCUGAGGCCAGUCCAGACACGAUAAAGAGGGCGCAUGCUGUUCAUCCGGUUACCGCUCUACAGAUGGAGUGGUCCCUCUGGACACGUGACAUCGAGGAGGAGAUUAUUCCUCUUUGUAGAGAACUAGGCAUAGGUAUAGUUCCUUACAGCCCUCUUGGUCGAGGCUUUUUUGCUGGUAAAGCAGUUGUGGAAAGUUUGCCUGCUGGUAGCUUCUUGGCCACGCAUCCCCGGUUCGUCGAAGAAAACUUGGACAAGAACAAGCACAUUUACACACGAAUAGAGAAGCUUGCUGAAAAGCACCAAUGCUCUCCUGCUCAGCUUUCUCUUGCAUGGGUUCUCCAGCAAGGAGAUGAUGUUGUUCCUAUCCCAGGCACAACCAAGAUAAAGAAUUUGGAUCAGAACAUCGGUUCCUUGACGGUGAAGCUAACCAAAGACGACCUAAACGAAAUUUUGGAGGCCGUACCUGCAAGUGAGGUAGCUGGAGAUAGAACUUAUCAUAGCAUGACUCAUGCAACAUGGAAAUAUGCUAACACACCUCCAAAAGUGAACGACAUCUCAACCUAAGACAUACAAAGGUUUGCAUAUACCUUGUGCCCAAUUUUAUAAGCUUUGGACAAUAGAAAGACUACAACUUAUUUUGCAAUCAUUUUUGAUAAAUGUAUGAAGAGUUCUACGAAUGAUGUUGUUGACAAUUACGAACACUGAUCAUGUAUUUGCAUCAUUAAUGAAAAACCUCUAUCCUAAAUAUCUCAUUAAUUUCAA